AAUAAAUAAGACAACAAACAGUAACGUAAAAAAAGAAAACGAAACGAAACGUCAACCCGCUAAGUGCCGUCGGCAGAACGCGUUCCCAACGCAAUCGCGUCGUGUGCGAACGAAAUACAAUUCCCAUAACAAUCCCUGCUAAGCCCAGUCCUCGACAGUGACUAAGGAAACUAGAAUCUACAGAAAGAAAACUGUGCCAUGGCAUGACAACAGGCUGCUCUGCGUGUGUGUGCGUGUGUGUGUGUGUGGCAAAAAGGUAUUCGUUCAUUCCUCACCCGAUCUACGAUUGAUUCGAGUUCUUUUAACGCAAACAUUCUCCCCAAACACAAAUCAGAAAUGCAGUACAAAAAAUAUUAUUGAAUUAUCUUUCUGAUCGAUCGCAAGUCGCCGGUGCUAGCCAACUAUAUACAUAUAUAUAUAUAUAGCUAGAUAUAGAUAUCCAAACACGAUAAUUCUUGAUGAAAAAUCACCUGUCCAACGUUUUGUGUGCGAUGCGUAGUGACUUCAAGGAAAAUCACCAGGAGACGAUCAAUAAAAUGAUACAAUUCGGUACUGUGAAAUAUGGCAUUGUUAAACAGCUGAAGGAUCGCGCUAGAAGCGCCGACAAAGACACAGCAAAUGAACUGGAGGAGAGCGUCGCAUGCUCUCCGCUGACGGCAGAAGCUAGCGCCGGCAAUAGUGAUAAUGAUAUUGCCGAUACAGCGGCUUUCGCUUCGAGUACAGCCGCGGUAAGUAAAGAGAUGGAGAUUGAUUUGAAUCCAGCGGAGCGAAAUGAUUCUCCAGAAAAGCAAGAAGACGAAGAAGUAGCCAAUGAGGACCACAAUCACAACAAUAACAACAACAACAAUGUUGUCAUGACAAAAUCAACUGCUGUCGCAGAUGCAGAAACCGCCUCUCAGUUAGAGCGCAGCAACUCCACAGAUUCCAGGCAACAUACGCCAGAGCCCGUGGAACUGGCCCUGACAGUGGACGAGAGUAGCAAACAUUCUGCAGCGCACCCACGUAGUCCGCAUAGUCCGACUGAGGUGGAGGCGGAAAGCAACAAAAUAGUGCGGUCGGAGAAUGUUGAAAUGCCCGAAGCGACGUCUGCGCCCGACCCAGAGCCACGGCGCUCAACCACUUCACCAAACAGCGUGGCCACAGCGGGCGUGACGUCAACGCUACUGCCACCGCCGCAGUACGGUGCUACACCUGUUACUCUAGAGGCAAUCCAAAAUAUGCAAAUGGCAAUUGCGCAGUUCGCAGCAAAGACCAUUGCCAAUGGAGCGACCGGAGCCGAUAACGAAGCGGCUAUGAAGCAAUUGGCCUUCCUGCAGCAGACGCUCUUCAAUCUGCAACAACAGCAGCUUUUUCAGAUACAAUUGAUUCAGCAGCUACAAUCGCAACUAGCUCUCAACCAGGCGAAAAACAACGAAGAGGGUGAAGUCGAUAGAGACGAGCUGGUGGGUGAGGAGCGCGAAGAUGGCGAGACGGAUACGUACGAAGAGGAAGAGCGCAUUGCUGACAUGGAGCUGCGGCAGAAGGCCGAGGCACGCAUGGCGGAGGCCAAAGCGCGUCAACAUUUGAUAAAUGCUGGGGUGCCGCUGGCCGAAAAUGCGUCGCCAACUGUAACCACUGCAGACUCACUGAAGCGGAAGCGCGAGAGCAAUACGCUUGAUGGAGGAGCCGAUAAAGAGCCAAGCGCCAGUCGACGCAAUAGCUCCGAUGCUGGCUGCUCAAAAAAGAACAUGGAACCAGGAAGUGCUGCUAGCGCACUAAACUGCCUCAAGGAAAUGGAAAACAUGCCCCUCCCCUUCGGUUCCGACCUGGCCUCUAGCAUCAUAACCAACCACGACGAUCUACCCGAGCCCAAUUCAUUGGAUCUGCUGCAGAAGCGUGCCCAGGAGGUGCUCGACUCGGCAUCGCAAGGAAUUCUGGCCAAUAAUAUGGCAGAUGACUUCGCUUUUGGGGACAAGGGAGCAGAUGGCAAGGGACGCAAUGAGCCGUUUUUCAAGCACCGCUGCCGCUAUUGCGGCAAGGUGUUCGGCUCUGACUCGGCCCUGCAGAUUCACAUUCGCUCACACACGGGUGAGCGACCCUUCAAGUGCAAUGUGUGUGGCAGUCGUUUCACCACUAAAGGCAACCUUAAGGUGCACUUCCAGCGACACGCACAAAAAUUCCCUCAUGUACCGAUGAAUGCUACGCCCAUUCCGGAGCACAUGGACAAGUUUCAUCCGCCAUUGUUGGAUCAAAUGUCACCGGAAAGCUCGCCAACGCAUUCUCCCGCUCCUGCUAUAACGCCCGCAAGUUCUAUAAGUCAGCAACAAUCCAUAGCGGUCCCGCCGGUGUCGUUACCGCUCUCAUUCCCCUCAGGCCCAGCAUUCCCAGGUUUCCAGAACCUUUACCGUCCGCCCAUGGAGCUUCUUAAGAGCUUAGGUGCCGCCGCAGGUGGCGCUGGUCUGCCUCACCCCUUCUUCCCUCAGGUGCCGGGCUUGAGCGGUGCCAAUUCCAACGCAGUAGCCGUUGCAGCGGCUCAUGCACAGGCUGUUGCACAGGCGGCACUAAAACACAACCAAGAUAUGCCAACAGACUUGCGCAAAUCAUCGGCACCCAGUUCCCCGCACGUCAUGGAGCAGGAGGAGGGACGACUGCCCUUAAAAACAGAGCUCGUGGAGGAGAAGGAGCAAAGCGAGGAGGAUGUUACAGAGCGUUCCGAAGCUGAGCCACAACCAGGAGUUUUGCCACUAGAGAUUAAAAUCAAGGAGGAACACAUCGAGGAUGAGCAAAAGGCCGAACAACUGGAAUGUACAGGCACUCGUUCGCGUUCACCUUCGCCUUCACCGCCGACGUCCCCUAAACAUCGCGAGGUUGCCAGUGUGUCUAGUAGUCGAUCGGGUGUUGUUCAUUCGCCUCCUACACCCACACACUGCCACCGCACCUCGAUUUCUUACCCACCGGUCGUGCAGCCAAUGCAGCCACAGGCCCUCAUGCACCCGCAGCCUUCUGCAGGAUCUCAGCACCACCUGGACCAUUUGCCAACACCGGGACAGCUGCCGCCCACGAUGCAUCAUCGCGAGGACUUCUUUGCCGAGCGCUUCCCUUUAAACUUCACCAAGACGCUAUCGCCUGAGCGCCACUCUCCAAUUCGUUCGCCUGCUCUGCACAUUUCACGCUCACCCUUCUUCAAUCCAAUCAAACAUGAAAUGACGCUAUUGCCGCGACCACACAGCAAUGACAACUCGUGGGAGAACUUCAUUGAGGUAUCGAAUACCUCGGAGACAAUGAAACUGAAGGAGCUAAUGAAGAACAAGAAAAUUAGCGAUCCCAACCAGUGCGUCGUAUGCGACCGCGUACUCUCCUGCAAAAGCGCACUGCAAAUGCAUUAUCGCACCCAUACAGGCGAGCGCCCCUUUAAAUGUCGCAUCUGUGGCCGGGCCUUUACCACGAAGGGAAACCUUAAGACACACAUGGCGGUUCACAAAAUACGGCCACCCAUGCGCAAUUUCCAUCAGUGUCCAGUCUGCCACAAAAAGUACUCUAAUGCACUGGUUCUACAGCAGCACAUCCGCUUACAUACCGGAGAGCCCACCGAUCUGACUCCCGAGCAGAUCCAGGCUGCUGAGAUCCGCGACCCACCACCAUCUAUGAUGCCGGGCCAUUUUAUGAAUCCGUUCGCGGCAGCCGCAUUUCAUUUCGGCGGUAUGCCGGGAGCACCUGGUGGUCCAAUGCCGGGCGCUCACCAUAAUGGCGCUUUGGGUUCCGAGUCCUCGCAGGGCGACAUGGACGAUAAUAUGGAUUGUGGCGAUGAUUUUGACGAUGAUGUGUCUUCGGAGCAUCUGUCGAACAGCAACGAACAGGACGGCGGUGAGCGCCCGCGCUCAGAUGACGAAUUUAAGGGACUGCUCUUUGAGCAAAAGCUGCGCAUCGACCAGACGGGAGUGGUUAACACGACGCCACGACCACGCUCGACCGCCAGCAACGGCAACUCAUUGGGGUCAGCGCCUGCAAGUCCCAACUCGCAGCCCAAGCUUAAUUCUACGCGGGCCAGCUCGCCAGCCAGAUCUCUCUCAGAGGCAUCACAGGGCGCACUAGAUCUCACGCCACGCGCUGCGCUGUCUUCCAGCUCGCGUUCACCCUUGCUCCCUCCAGCGGAGAAGAAGCCUUCCAUUAGCCCUCCUGUGAACAUCAACUCGGCCCGCAGCCCAAAUACGGCGCCAAAGCUUAGUCCUUCUAUGCUGCCUUCGCCCCUGCCCCCUUCGAUGGGCAUCGAUUGCCUGCCGCCGGGUCUACAACAUCACCUGCAACAGCAACAUCAGCACUUGAUGCAGCAGCAAGCUGCAGUAGCCGCUGCAGCGGCAGCUCAGCACCACCACCACCAGAUGGCUCUUCACCAAGAGCAGCUGCGACGCGAGGCACAGGAGGCCCAGCAGAAAGCUGCGGCCGUAGCAGCAGCAGCAGCGGCUCAGCAUCACGCGCCACCUCAAUCGUCACCCCAGUCCAAUACCCGCCCUAACGAAGCUGCGACUUCCCAUCCAGCUUCCGUUCCGCCGCAACCAAAUCCGUUAAUGCCCACGCGACCACCCUUUGGAAUGUUUCCCAACCUGCCACUUUUUCCACCAGCCACCACACAAAAUAUGUGCAAUGCAAUGAACCAGAUCGCCCAGUCUGUGAUGCCCGCUGCCCCGUUCAACCCGUUGGCUCUAAGCGGUGUGCGUGGUAGCACCACCUGUGGCAUAUGCUACAAGACAUUCCCCUGCCACUCCGCGCUAGAGAUACACUACAGGAGCCAUACCAAGGAGCGGCCAUUCAAGUGCAGCAUCUGUGAUCGCGGCUUUACGACCAAGGGCAACCUCAAGCAGCACAUGCUGACUCACAAAAUUCGGGACAUGGAGCAGGAGACCUUCAGAAACCGUGCCGUAAAGUAUAUGAACGACUGGAAAGACGAAUUUGAAUAAGCCAGCUACUAGACUAACAUCCCUUGAGUCGCAACUGCUGAAAACUGAUUAAAUAGACAGACAGUUAACUUUAAAUCAAAUCUCGCAUAGAAAUGAUCUCAUGCAGCGAUCUAAGGAGAGAAAACUGAACAUUGAAUCGCUUAUCCAUCCCAUUACCACUGAAUUCCAACAAGUGCGAAUCUAACAUCGUGUUUCGCGCGACUAUAUGCACGGAAUAUAAAUGUUGCACGGGAGUCGGGGGUCAACCCACUUAAUUUGGUUAAUCGGGAAACACAGAUAAAUGCGGAGUAAAAAUAAUUUCCUCUAUUCAAAAUUCCAUAAAAACUAUUUAUAAAUUGAUGACGAUAAAAGCAUAAUUUGAUUUUCUAAAGUUUCCUACGAGUAUAUAUCUGUGACUUGCGAUUUCGUUUUACGAUUUCUUGAAUACCGCUCGAUCAUUAAAUUAAAAAUUCUUUAUGGGAACGAGUUCACUUUGGAUGGAUAAGGUGGAAUAUAUAACAUGGGAAACAUAUACAAUAUGGCUUGAAAAACAACACAAAAACAAAAAUGUAUGUAAAGUGAAACGUAUCCAAAGAUGCAUCAAAAGCAGUUCCAUGACUAGAAAAGUUCUAGGAAUCCAUGAAUUGUUUUGAUUUGAGACUGAUAGCGUUUCAUUCUACAAAUUCUAAAAAGUGCGGACUCAUCUGAAUCUGAAAUCGAAGGCGUAGUAAAAUCAAAAUUCGAAUUUAAUGCAUACUUAAGAAUAUACCACAACUACCCAUUAACUAUAAAUACUAUCUAUCUAUAUCUGUAAUGGUACCCAUGUUAAAAUAUAGUUGUAAAGUGCAAUAAUACGACAUGCUAGAUAUACAUACCUAUAAACAUAAAUCUAUUCGUUUAUAAAUAGACAGUUGUUUCCUAUAUAGUAAAGCCCCUAUGAACGAGUAUUUCUCAUCUAACUGGUAUCUUUUUGUAUAUAUGUAUGUACUUAAUUCAAGAAAGUAUGAAUGAGAUGAAAAUGUCUUACAAAAUAGAGAAAUUGUGAUAUUAAAUCUAAAAACAAAAAACACACAAACUGUUGGCCACUCAAGCGAAUGCUUCAGGCCAAGUUAAUGAAAAAUGCUUUCCAUAUCACUUAAAAAUUAAACAACCAAUUAAAACAACAACCGGCAACCGAACUGGCAAAGUUCAACCUAGAAUUAAAACAUUAAUAGGUUAUUAAGGAGGUGGGAAGGCAUGGGGGGAAUAUUGUCAAACGUUAAUUCAUUAAUUUUGCACGACACAACAACAAAUUAGUUGCUUAACACACGGAGGAUAUUCCUGCAGCGACGCCAAACUCUAAAAUAGUAAAUUUGUUAAAGAAAUCAAAGAACCGUCUUUAAAGAUCGAAGAACAGAGAAAGUAAAUUAAUUAUUAGAAAAUUCAACGACAACAACCUCAACCGUUUCUGUAAAUAGAACGACAACUUAAGGAAUAGAUGAUCGUUAUAGCUGGCGAUAUUACAGGAAUACCCCCCGUUCUUUUCAUGCAUUCACUUAAGACUACUUAUAUAAGUGCAAAACAAACAAUAUUUUCAUGUACACAAAGAAAUAUGAUACGAAUAAUACAUUUAUUGUAGCAUACUUAAUUAUUCAGAUAUCUGUAUCUGACUCUGUUUGUAAGUAUCUCAUAAUUUAUUACACAAGCCGGUAUGCCGAAAACAAAACAUAUACAAAAAAUAAAUAUGAAAUGCAAAUGAAAAAUAUAAAAAGUAUAAAUAUGUAUUUAAGUUAUGAAAAAUUAAUAAACCAAUUUGUGUUUGGAUUUUAA